AUGAUUAAUUCCUAUCUUAUUAAAUCUUGCCGUAUUUUCCGUACUCGAUACGGUAGCUUUUUAAAUAGAGCUGAUGUUCGAGGAUUAAAUGCAAUUGCACUUCGCAGAGAAGAUAAGAGCCGAUGGGAGCGUAGAGUUGCUUUAAUACCUGAUGAUGUUUCGAAAUUAAUCAAAGAAACUGGUGUGAAAGUAUAUGUGCAACCGUGUAAUAAACGUAUUUACAAUGAUGAGAAAUAUGAGAAAGCUGGUGCAAUGGUUCAAGAAGAUAUUUCAGAUGCUGAUAUUAUCAUGGGAAUCAAAGAAAUUCCGAUCAAAAAUUUAAUUUCAAAUAAAAUCCAUGUUUUCUUUUCUCACACACACAAAGGACAAAAGUAUAAUAUGCCAAUGUUACAAGAAAUUCUCGAUAAGAAAAUACGAUUAAUCGAUUAUGAAUUAAUGACAAACGAAAAUAAAAAGCGACUGGUGUUAUUUGGAACUCAUGCUGGUUACGCAGGGAUGAUCGACGGACUUCACGGACUGGGAUUACGACUUCUGGGAUUGGGUUACAAUACUCCUUUCAUGCAUGUCUCUAUGUCUCAUUCGUACAAAUCUCUCGAUGAUGCAAAAUUAUCGAUUAAAAAUAUAAGCGAAUCAAUUGUUGAUGAAGGAUUGCCCAAAGGUUUUGGUCCGAUGACGUUCGUAUUUACAGGGACCGGAAAUGUUUCCAACGGGGCACAAGUAAUAUUCAAAAAUUUGCCUCAUGAGUACGUCAAAGUUAAAGAUUUAAAAGAAUGCACCUUGGCGUCGCAUAAUUAUAGUAACAAGAAAGUUUAUGGUUGUCAGGUUGAAUUACAUGACUAUCUAGUUCAUAAAAGUAUAGGAAGUUUUGUAUCAAAAAGUGAUUAUUAUGACAACCCCAAUCAAUACGUAUCUGAAUUUCACACGAAGAUUGCCCCAUAUACUACUAUGCUUAUUCAUGGAUCUUAUUGGGAUCCACGAUAUCCGAGAUUAUUAACUAACGAACAGUUAAAAGCGAUUCAGAUGGACCCUAAUAAUAAAUAUAGAUUAUUGGCUGUUGCCGAUAUAAGCUGUGAUAUAAAAGGAGCAUUGGAAUUUCUUUCCCAUUCAACCACGAUUGAUGAUCCUUUCUAUUAUGUGGAUUUGGUUAAUAACAAGGAACAUAAAAAGUUGAGAUCUGACGAAGGAAAAGGAACGCAAAUCAUGGCAGUUGAUAUUCUCCCUACAGAAAUUCCAUUUGAAAGCAGCAAACAUUUCAGUAAAUCUCUUUAUCCACUUAUGAACGAUUUGAUCAAUGGAAAACUUGAUCAAAAUCCCGUACUUGCAGGAGCCACUAUCGCUAAAGAUGGAGAAUUAACGGAAUCGCACCAAAAGUUAUAUGAUUUGUUACCGAAAAAUAAUUAUACAAAUUCGUCUCAAACUUCAGAUUCUCGUAAAGCUAGAAGGAAAAAGAUUUUAUUGUUGGGAAGUGGAUUUGUAUCUAAACCUUUUGUAGAUUAUUUGGGAAAGAAUAAGAAUUUAUCAUUAACAAUCGCUAGUGAUAUCAAAGCUGAAGCCAUUGCUUUAACACGCGGAAAUCAAGAUAUUCAAGUUGUCAAUUUAGACGUAAAUAAAAGUGAGGACUUAUCAAGAUUAAUUCAAUCUGCCGAUAUUGUCGUAAGUUUUAUACCAGCACCUUUACAUCCAAUCGUUGCAGAGACGUGUAUUGCUCAUAAGAAACAUAUGGUUACAGCUAGUUACAUAUCGCCCGCAAUGAAGUCACUUGAUGAAAGAGCGAAACAAGCUGGAAUAACUAUUCUCAACGAGAUUGGACUAGAUCCGGGGAUCGAUCAUUUAUCUGCCAUGAAGAUUAUCGACGAAGUUAAAGCUGAAGGUGGAUUACCAGCUCCAGAAGCUUCAAACGUUCCAUUCGGUUAUAAAUUUAGUUGGUCACCGAGAGGCGUUCUUACAGCAGCAUUAAAUGAUGCAAAAUUUUGGAUGAAUGGAAAACAUCACGAAAUUUCAGGAAAGCAAUUAUUAAAAUAUCAUUUUCCAACAGUGCCUAUCUACCCUGGAUUUGCUUUUGAAGGACUUGCGAAUAGAGAUUCUUUAUCAUAUAUUAAUACAUAUGGAUUAGCUCCUUUAAGUACCAAAAGUGCAAUGUUUAGAGGAACAUUGAGAUAUAAAGGAUUUUCCGAUCUUAUGUACUCGUUUUAUAAACUUGGAUUUUUAGAUACUGAAAAUACUAAAAGUAUUAAAUAUAACACAUGGUCGGACUUCCUCGAUCAUAACCUUUUUGGAUUUUGUGAUAACCACCAACCUACGGAAGCUUCAAGAAUAUCAGCAAUUGCUGAUAAAUUGAAUAUACCAAAAAAUCAUAAAAUGGUUGAAAAUGUCGUCGAUGCAUUAAAAUGGUUUUCUUUGAUGCCUGAUUCAAGUACACCAUUAAAGCACUCAUUUAUACCACAGAAUUCGACAUCAUUUGAUAUGUUCUGUUCAUUACUUCAACAAAAUUUAAAAUAUAAUCCUGGAGAGAGAGAUUUGCAAACUAAAAUAUCUACAUUAAUAUGUUACGGAUCCUUUGAAACAUAUACGGCAAUGGCAAAAACUGUCGGAUUACCCGCAGCGAUCGCAACUGAAAUGAUUGCAAGAGGAGAAAUAAAUGAUACUGGCGUUUUGGCGCCAACCUUAUCACAUAUCUAUAAUCCUAUUUUACAAAAAUUAGAUAAUGAAGGCAUUAAAAUUGUAGAGAAUGUAAUUAAUAGAGGGAUGAAUGAAAGUCUAAAUUGGAACGGGGUGGGAAUUUGGGAAUAA